AUGGCGGAAUCAGCGUCAGCUGGCGGCUUGGAUCCUGCUGUACUGGCGGAGGCGCCGAAGCUGGUCUACUCGGUUUCUCAGGCCAUGGAGGGUCUGGCCGCCCAGAUCCAGUCGCACGACGGGAAAUGGGGCCCUAGGAGCUGGGGGUGGAAGGUCGUCGGCCCCGAGCUGGAGGUGCUCAAGAUGUACAUGCUCAAGAUCUGGUUCAUGUCCGCCGGCGCCGAGCCACAGCGCGCCGGAGACAAGGCUCUGGCUUUGCAGGCCAGAGAUGCAACCUACUUCAUCGACGACCUCCAGGAUAUGAUACUCCACUGCUGCACCCUUGCCCGGCGAGCCAAGACUCUCAGCCACCAAUUCAAGCUGCUUCCCGCUCUAUGGUAUUGCUGGAACCGCCUGCUUGGGCUGCUCGCCACGAAACCACCACACAAGAUCAUGAGGGACAUCAAAGUUGUGAAUCAAGAAACUCGCAGGAUUGGCCAUCUGCUACAGAACGGCGCAGGCCCAUCGUCCACUUCGCUUCCGCUGCCACCUUCCCCUGAUUUGGCCAGGGAAAUCCUUCAGCCUAAGGUAUUUGGCCGCGACAAGGAGAGGGAUGAAAUAGUGCAGAUGCUCAUCCGCGGCGGCAAGGUUGCUGCACCUGACAUGACAGUCUCUAUUGUUGGCACAGGAGGAAUUGGGAAGACAACACUCGCCAAGAUGGUCUUUGACGAUGCACAAGUCAGGCAGCAUUUUGAUGUAAGAUGCUGGGUCUCUGUUUCCAGUAGAUUCGACCUAAUGAAGCUCGCAGCCGAGAUCCUAAGCUCGGCCCAGCCAUCUUGGGAUGGCUCUGCUGACACGAUGGUGGAUGUUCAAAUGCUUCAGUCCGAGCUCCGCCAGUUAGUUACAUCCAAGAGGUACCUGAUUGUUCUCGAUGAUGUAUGGAACAACAUCACCGAUGAUAUCUGGCUGGACAUGCUUGCUCCUCUACGGUCUGCAGAUAUUGGUAGCAGAAUCCUGGUGACUUCCCGCACGGACACCAUGCCUCGUACCGUCGGCACAUCGCAGCUGCACACCCUGCAUCCGCUAAAUAGCGACGAUUGCUGGGCCCUGCUCAAGGUACAUGCUUUUCCGAGUGAUAGCGAUGAUGUCCAUCCAGACCUCGAGCUGAUCGGGAAGCAAAUUGUUGCAAGAAUCAAUGGAUCGCCUUUGGCUGCCAAGCUGCUGGGAGGUUUGCUGGGAGAUACAAGGAGCAAAAGUCAGUGGAUGAAUAUCAUGGAAAAAGGAUUACAAGACAACAAUAUUUCCCUUGUCCUACGCUUGAGCUAUAUGUACCUGCCCGUACACCUCAAGCGGUGCUUCACAUACUGCAGUUUAUUUGCACCAGGCUAUAAGUUUGAUCCAGCUCACUUGUCCUGGCUUUGGAUUGCCGAGGGUUUUAUUGAACCGCAAGACGGGGAUGAGAGAAGGCUGGAAGACAUAGCUAGAGAAUAUUUUGAUCAGCUCCUUUCACGCUCAUUCUUCCAGGAACUCAAGCUUGGACCCAAGACCUGCUAUUUUGUGCACGACUUACUCCAUGAUCUUGCAAAGUCUGUUGCUGCAGUGGACUGCUUCCGUAUUGAGGAUGGCAUGAACUCUGACAUCCCGUCGACUGUUUGCCAUCUGUCAGUCAGUGUGAAUAGUAUAUCUGAUCUUACAAACUUCUCCGCGCUCGAAAAUCUGCGCACCUUGUUAAUCCAGCCAUCACUUCCGUUCUCCUUCAGUUGCUUCCAAGAGGAUUUUGCUGUGAACUUAAAAUGUCUCCUGGAGAAGACAAAACGUUUGCGUGUUCUUGAUCUCAGUGGUUUUAAAUUAGAAGAGUUGCCCCAAUGCAUUGUUGACUUACUGCACCUCCGUUACCUAUCUCUCCAUGGCUCCAUCCAGAGGCUUCCUGAGUCGAUUGGCAAGCUCCUGAAUCUGCAAACAUUAUGCUUCACUGGGAAAUGUUCCCUUGAUAAGCUUCCUGCAAGCAUUACUAUGCUUGUCAAUUUGCGCCACCUUCUUGUUGAAACAAAGUAUAUUGCUGGAUUGACGGGCAUUGGUCAGCUAGCUAACCUUCAGGGAUCACUUGAGCUCCAUGUUGAGAAGAGGGAAGGGCAUAAAUUAGAAGAGUUGAUGAACAUCAACGGUCUCCACGGGUUGCUCAAAAUAAAAAAUCUAGAAAAUGUUUCAAGCUAUGAAGAAGCCUGUAAAGCUGAGUUGAAUAAGAAAUCAAAUCUUAGUUCUCUGAAUUUGGAAUGGAGCUCCGCUAGUAGAAAUAAAUCCCCACCUUCUGAUAGAAAGGUGCUUGAAGGCCUACAGCCGCACCAAGGCAUAAAGGUACUAAAUGUUAGAAGGUACUGUGGCACGGAAACUCCCAGGUGGCUACAGUCAUUGCAGCAGCUUAGUACCUUGCACCUUACAAAUUGCAGGAGUUUGGCCAUGCUUCCUCCACUGGGGCAUUUGGGGUCACUCAGAUACCUGCACAUGAAGGAGCUGUGUGCAGUUGACCGAAUUGGGCAUGAGUUUUAUGGCACUGGUGAUGUGGCAUUUCCAUCCCUAAGAUUCCUUGAAUUUGAUGAUUUCCCAAGGUUGCAUGACUGGUCUGGAAUAGCAGACCGAGAGUCAUUUCCAUGCCUUGAAAGAUUAGCUAUAAUGGAUUGUCCAGAAUUGGUCAAAAUUCCUCCAUUCUUUCCAGCUACUCGUGAAAUUACCAUUGAGCGUACACGAUUAGUACCAUAUAUGAGGCUUGCCUCUUUUUCUUCAACUUCAGAGAAGUUCCAGCUGGAUGUAUUCACAACUUCUCUUGACUUCAACGGGCUACUCAGUAAACAGCACAUAGAAGCCAUUGCAGCCUUAAAUAUAAGUGGUGCUGAAGAAAUCGUUGCUACUGAAGAAACCGGGUCCUUUGUUUCUCUACAAAGGAUCCAGCUUUCUCGGUGCAAUGUUACGGACCAGAAUUUUAGUAGGUUUCUCCAGGCUCUGCCUUGUCUGUGCUCGUUGGAGAUAAUAGACCUGCCUAACAUAACAUCUCUUCCAGCAUCGGAAACACUCAAGUUUAGCACAAUGCUCACCGAGUUGUCCAUACGUAACUGUUGUUUGCUUCAAUCUAUCUUGUCACUGCAGUCUUUGGAUUCGUUAAAGUAUCUGGUGAUCGAGAGGUGUCCUAAAGUAACAGCAAGUUCAUUUCCGUUGAACUUUAAGAGCCUAUCAUCUCUCAAAGUGCUGAGAAUAUCUUAUUGCUCAGAGCUCCAAUCUUUACCAGCGUGUGGUCUUCCAUCCUCACUAGAAACACUUAAUAUUAUUGGGUGCCACCCAGAGUUUUCCAGGCAAUCAAGAAAUAGGAACGGACAUUACUUUGAGAAGCUUGCAACAAUACCUACUGUAAUUAUUCGGUGA